AUCGCUGACCACUCAUUGAACUUUAACCUCUUGCCUGGAAUAGGGUGAAGGAUGAUUGCUAAUCUUCGAGCACCCUUGAUAUAACUGCCAGAAAUAUGCGAUGCUUAUACACUGCAGUGUAGUUUUGUGGAAUUAUGUUUGGCGUCGUUGAUAGGUUUCUUAGUUCAAGGUUCUUGUAUGAGGCAAGUAAUACUAAUAGCCCUACUUCUGUCUAGUGUUGUGUAUUCGGCUAUAAAUUGUAAGAUCCAAUCUUUGAUAAUAUAUAUAUAACACUAACAGUGUGUAGUGUGAUGAUACAAUUAGCUGCAUUUUGAUGUCAUGAUGAUGAUGACGACAACGCGAGCUAUUACGUGUUAUCUUUGUAAAAAAAUUUUUCAUACUCAAAGAUCGAAUUUUUUACACGUGGGAAGUAAAGCGAUCUUCUCGAAUUUUAACAUUCCGGAGUUAGAAUGGAAAAAUCCAGCGUUUUCUACCGUAGCAACAAGUUCCACGAAUAUUGGAAUCAUCGGGGUCCCAUUUUCUAAAGGUCAACGCAAAAGUGGUGUUGAGAAGGGUCCUCUUGCUAUAAGAGAUGGAGGUUUAUUAGAAAAAAUGCAAGAACUAGGACUAAAUGUUAAAGAUCUUGGAGAUGUGGAAAUUACUGAAGUUCCAGAUGAAAAUGUACAACAAGGAUUGGCUAUACAUUCUCCUACAGUUGGCUUAGUGGCAAAGAAGGUGUCUGAAAAAGUCAGUCAAGUUCUCAGAGACAACUACUUGUGUGUAACUUUGGGUGGUGACCACUCUUUAGGGCUGGGUACUAUUCAUGGCCACAGUUGUGUAUAUCCUGAGCUUAGUGUCUUAUGGAUUGAUGCUCAUGCAGAUAUCAAUACUGCCCUAACUUCACCAACAGGAAAUCUUCAUGGGAUGUCUUGCUCAUUUGUUUUGCAUGGCUUAGAAGACCAUAAAAUGCCUUUGUCUGGAUUUGAUUGGUUAAAACCAUGCCUACAUCCUGAACAUUUAGCAUAUAUUGGUCUUCGGGAGCUAGAUCCUCUUGAGAGACUCCUCGUGGACAAGUUAGGUAUUCCAUAUUUCUCAAUGGAUGAUAUAGACAGACUUGGAAUACACGAAGUCAUCAGGAAAGCACUAAAAGCUAUUAAUCCAAGAAAAGAUCGAUCAUUACAUGUAAGUUUUGACAUUGAUGCUCUGGAUAAAUUCCUUGUCCCAAGUACAGGAACACCUGUUAUAGGAGGAUUAACUGUAAGAGAAGCUUUAUGUAUUGCUGAAGAAGUUGCUAAAACAGGACUUCUAAAAGGGCUUGAUCUUGUGGAAGUGAAUCCGUUACUAGGAACCAAAGAUGAAGUAGAACGAACUGUAGCAAUAGCUAUUCAAGUUAUCGUGGCCUUCUUUGGUCAAGAAAGGCUAGGACCAAUGACUCGUCAUACAUUGUCAAAGCUGGACCUACCUGUUGUAAAAUAGCUUCAUCAGAUAUAUAUAUUGCACUGAAAUGUUUGUUGUGACAAGAUUUUAAUUAUAGUUUCUUACUUAAACAUCUUAUUUAGUAUAUAUUUGGAAUCUCCUAGUUUUCUGUAAUUUUAUUAGGAUGACAAAAUGGUUAUUACUAUGAGCACAGCAUAGAGUGGUAUGCAAGAUUCUGCCAUGAUAACAUUUGUUUUGCAUUAAGCAGGAGAUAAUGAAUGAACAGUUGUAAAUUAUUGCAUUAUUACCAUCUUACAGCUGCAUUAUGAAUAGUUAUUAUGGUUGAAAACGAAAACAGAAGUAAAUGAAACAAUGAUAGACUUUCUGAUAUUUAGUCGGAGGCCAAAUAAAUAACAAAAUGUUGGGUUUACGGUGACCUUCCCUUCCCAAAUUUUUAACCUGACACUAAUCUUUUAAAUGUUAAAAAACUAAAGUCUGAUCUACCCGUUUUUAGAUAUUAUUUUUUAACAUGAGUUUCUAAAUGAGCGUAGAUAGAAAGAACCUAACUGCAAGACAUAACAAUAGUAUCAGCAAGAUGUAUUAAAAAUCUUGUCCAGUAACCAGGCACAAUCCGUUUAACUUCAUUUUUACUUGAAUAUAGACCUUAGAUACAUAGGCUUCUACAUGUGAACCUGAUAUCCAUUUUUUACACGCAAAUAACACUGCUCACACUUUGACCUAAGUUUGGCCAGCAAGAGUUUAUUCCCAAUGAAAUUUUCCAGAAGACAUCACUGCUGAUAGCAGAACGUGUACACUCAUAUCUCCAAACUGGCUUUAUACAGGAUUACCAGAAUUUUUAAUGGUAAAGUUAUGUUCAGGGAAAAACCGCUGUUUUGAAAUAACUUAUAUUACUCCCUUCAGCUCAUUUUUCAUGCAAAUUGGAUACUGUAUAAUCACUCGUGAUCUGAAAUACAAAUGAUUGUUUAUUCAGCCUA